AUGUUUCAGUUAUCAAAUCUAUUUGUAUUCAGUGCGUUAUUAGAAUUUGCUGUUGAAAGUGCUAGAAUAUUGGCAGUUUUACCGGUACCAUCAAUCAGUCAUCAAAUAGUAUACAGACCUUUAACUCAAGAACUAGCCAGACGAGGUCAUGAAGUCACAGUUAUAACACCAGAUCCAGCAUUUCCUAAAGGAAAAACACCACCUAAUUUAACCGAAAUAGAUGUCCAUGACAGCUAUAAGAUUUGGACAGCAACGCUUAACAAAAUACCAAAAAACAAAGAGAGAAAUGUUUUAGAAGAAGUAAAACUAUUUUUAGACUUAGGUUGUGAAGUAAGUGACGCCGAAUUAUCUCAUGAAGAUGUUAAAGCAUUGAUCAAGAGCAAAAAAGAAGACUACGUUGAUUUGCUCAUAAUAGAAGCGAGUGAGACUAUUUUUUUGGGAUAUUCGUACAUAUUUAAAGCACCGGUGAUUCUCAUUAGUUCGCUGUCUCUGUCUUACGACGAAAUUGAUAUGAUUGGGGCAGCUAUACACCCAAUCCUGUACACUUCGAUUAACAGGAUAAAAAAUUCGUACGAUUUGACGCUAUGGGACAAGAUCAAGGAAUUUUAUAAUUACUAUAAGUAUUUAAAGAUGCACGAGAAGUAUGAAAUGCGGAAACAUGCUAUGCUUAAAAAACAUUUUGGUCCUGAAGUUCCUCCUAUAUCGGUAUUAAAGAAUAAUAUUGAUAUGUUCUUUGUAAAUGUCAAUCCUAUUUUUGAAGGAGUAAGACCAGUGCCUCCGUCUGUGGUGUAUAUUGGUGGGCUACAUCAUAAACCUAACAAAGAACUUCCUAUAGAACUUAAAUCUUAUCUAGACACUUCUAAAAAUGGCGUAAUAUAUAUAAGUUUUGGUACAAACGUAGAUCCAACUCUGUUGCCAGGUGAUAGAAUUGAAGUUCUCGUGAAAACACUAUCUCAGAUGCCUUACGAUGUUCUAUGGAAAUGGAACGGUGAUGUUCUGCCUGGACGCACGGAUAAUAUUAGGAUCGCAAAAUGGCUGCCACAGCAAGACCUUCUCGGUCAUCCAAAAAUGAAACUAUUCAUCACACAAGGAGGUCUACAAUCAACAGAUGAAGCUAUAAUAGCAGGAGUACCUCUGAUUGGUAUACCAAUGUUUGGAGACCAGAUAUUCAAUGUGGAAAGAUAUGUUUAUCACAAAAUUGGACUCAAGCUUGAUUUGGACACGCUCACUGUAGAACAAUUCAGAAAUGCCAUUGAAACAGUAAUAGGGAAUGAGAGCUAUCGUCAAAAUGUUGUGAGUCUACGGAAUAAGAUGUACGACCUGCCUCAACCUCCUCUAGAGCGCGCCGUGUGGUGGACGGAGCACGUGCUGCGUCACGGCGGCGCGAGACAUCUGCGCGGACCUGCAGCCAACAUGUCAUGGACAGAGUACCUCGAACUAGAAUUAGUGUCCAUUUUAUUAUUAGGAUUGUUCACUGUUUUGACACUGAGCAUUUUAGUCAUGUAUUUCACUUGGAAAUGUGUGUUAAGUAAAUAUUUGAGAAUCAAAAUAAAAGGUGACUGA